AUGUUUGUUUGUUUUUUUUUUUUAGGUGAGUGCAUUAGGCACAUUAUAAACGAUGAUGUGUCUUCUAUGGACAACUCCAAUGAUUUAUGCUCAUCAUCAGAAGAAGAUAUAAACAAUGAAAAUGAUCGUUUGAAAAUAGCACAAGGAAAUGGAACAAAUGGUUCAAGUGUGAGGUAUGGGGAUUAUCGUCUUAUCGAAGGAGGAGGGGAAUCCUCUGUAAGGAAGGGAGGAGUAGGUUCCUCCGCCUCGUCCCCCCUUAAAAGGGGAGGGGGGGGAACUUUCCUUUUUGAGGAUCCUUUUGCCUCAUUACGGGAAUUGCAUGCUAAUUCGGCACAGUGUAACAACCCACGAGAUGCAAAGAAUGAAAAGGAUAAAUUUCAAAGAAUUUGUAAAAAAUUUUUUUCUCGUCGUGUCCCGAAAUAUAGAUGUAUAUUAUUAUUAAUAUUGGGUAUGGUGGCCCUUGGUUUAUUUGUUUUGUUUUGUGCAAAAUUAUAUAUACAACAUUCUGACUGUGGUUACAUGCAGAAUGUGCAUGAGUGGAAGGAAUUUUACUCCUUCCUUAAAAAUAAUUCACCGUAUCCAAUGGUAGCGCACGCAGUUUUUACAGCGGGCGGAAUUCUCAUAUUAAUCGCUUUCCUCGGAUACAAUUAUUAUAAAGCACGCAAAAAAUACAUCAAAAAAAAAAAAACGGAAUUCUAA